GAGAGCCACCUGGUGGUGCUUGGUCCACGAGUCAGAAGAGCCCAGGCGACUCCAGAGGCGACUCCGCCACCGACUGCUCCCGGAGCCCGGGAACGCCUGACCCCGUCGGACCUGCCAGCGCGCUCCCCAUAGACUGGGACGGGAUUCCGGCACCGGCCUCGGCGUCCCUGACGGGAUUUGAACCGCGGAAGGGAGCGGCCGGGAUGACCGCGAGCGUGAGGCUGGAGCCCGCCGGCCGCUGCUGCUGGGACGAGCCCGUGCGUAUCGUCGUGCGCGGCCUGGCCCCGGGACAGCCGGUCACGCUGCGCGCGUCCCUGCGCGACGAGAGGGGGGCGCUCUUCCGGGCCCACGCGCGAUACUGCGCCGACGCCGGGGGCGAGCUGGACCUGACGCGCGCGCCCGCGCUGGGCGGCAGCUUCGUGGGGCUCGAGCCCAUGGGACUCCUUUGGUCUCUAGAGCCGGAGAAGCCAGUGUGGCGGUUUCUGAAGCGAGACGUGCAGACGCCCUUCGCGGUGGAGCUGGAGGUGCUCCACGGCCACGAGCCCGAGGCCGGGCGGCUCCUGAGCCGCGCGGUGCACGAGCGCGUCUUCCUUCCACCCGGGGUGCGGCGGGAGCCGGUGCGCGCGGGCCGGGUGCGCGCCACGCUCUUCCUGCCGCCGGGACCUGGACCUUUCCCAGGCAUCAUUGACAUCUUUGGUGUUGGAGGAGGCCUAUUGGAAUAUCGAGCCAGCCUUCUGGCUGGCCAUGGUUUUGCCACAUUGGCUCUAGCUUAUUACGACUUUGAAGAUCUCCCCAAGGAAUUUGACAUGAAUGUGGACUACUUUGAAGAAGCCCUGUGCUACAUGCUUCAGCACUCCCAGGUAAAGGGCCCAGGCAUUGGGCUUCUGGGCAUUUCUUUAGGGGCUGAUAUUUGUCUUUCCAUGGCCUCAUUUUUGAAGAACAUUUCAGCCACAGUUUCCAUCAAUGGAUCUGGGUUCAGUGGAAACAAAGCCAUACAUUACAAGGAGACUUGCAUCCCACCAUUGGGCUGUGACCUGAGGAGAAUCAAGGUAGCUUUCUCAGGCCUCCUGGACAUUGUGGAUAUACGGAAUGAUAUUGUAGGAGGGUAUGAGAACCCCAGCAUGAUUCCAUUAGAGAAGGCCCAGGGGCCUAUCCUCUUCAUUGUUGGUCAGGAUGACCAUAACUGGAGGAGUGAGUUAUAUGCCCAAAUAGCCUCUGAACGAUUACAGGCCCAUGGAAAGGAAAAACCCCAGAUCAUCUCUUACCCUGGCACUGGGCAUUACAUCGAGCCUCCUUACUUUCCUUGGUGUCCAGCUUCUCUGCAUAAAACACUGGAAAAGCCUGUGAUCUGGGGUGGGGAGCCCAAGGCUCAUUCUAAGGCCCAGGUUGAUGCUUGGAAGCAAAUUCUAACCUUCUUCUGCACACAUCUUGGAGAUACCUGGAAGGGAGCUUCCCCCAAAUUGUAAUGCAUUGAUCUAUUAUUGACACAAGAGAUACAAGGUCAGAUUUUAGUGCUUAAUAAUCUUAUGUAAAUCAAUUUCCCCCUGAAUAAUACAAAAUUCAUGUGACUGGUAUUAAUGAUGUACAAUAUUUUAGGUAACUUUUUUGAAUAAGUUAUUUUUUCACUAAUUUUACUAAUGUAACACAUACUUAUUGUAGAAGAUUAAUUGGAGGUAUACAACACAAAAAAAGUAAAAAACAUCCUGUUAAAAUUUGUUUUCUUCUAGUUUUUUGUUUUUUGUUUUUUAACCUAACACUUUGAGCCAUAAGAUGAAAUUUAAAGCAGAACAAGUACUGGGUUACUUUUACCAUCACUGGGAAAGAAUGGCCAUCCACUGUUUGCUACUGGUUUAACUACAGGCGGCAGGGUAGAAUU